CUUUCAUGGCCGUGUUAUUACAAAAGGAAAUGGGGUAUUUGAUGUCUGACAGCGAGCCAUUGAAGAUAUUGAAGAUAUCCAAAGCAGACUCUGAGGAAUAUUGUGGACUUUCCCCGAUGUCCCGUUCAUGUGAAACAGCACUGACACAGCACUCAGCUCGGCACAGGGAGAGAGAGAGGACACAUAGACUGACAUAGAGGCAGGGACCCAGGCAGAGACAGAGGGACAUACACUGACACAGACACACACGGACUGACAUAGAGACUGGGACCCAGGCAGAGACAGAGGGACAUACACUGACACAGACAGAGAUACACACACACACACGGACUGACAUAGAGACUGGGACCCAGACACAGGGGGACAUACAUUGAAACAGAGAGAGAGACACACACACAUAUACACAUAUACAGAGACAGAGAGGGACACACACACUGAAACAGAGAGACACACACAGAGACCGAGGGACACAUAGACAGAGACGGAGAGAGAGAGGGAGAUUCAGAGAGACGUGCAGGGAGGGAGGGAGACUCAGUGAGCCACGUCCCCUCCUGUCUGAAGCGGACACAAAGCAGAGGGGCUGGGGAAGGGAGUGGGCGGUGAAGGUUUGGCCGCACUGAGGAUCUCGGUCUGAAUGUGAACACACAGUCUGCGAGGUCGGGAUUAUUAACACGGUGGAUGCCAGUGUUGUAGCUGUACUGGAACAGCUCAGCUAUGGAUGUGGCAAGUUCUGAGCACACAUCUUCACCACAAUUGUUGUUAUAUUGUCAAGCCCAGUAGCCUUUGCAGUAUCCACUACAAUCUUCAUAUCUGCUUAAAGAAAACACAAAUCCUCUGCAUGGUGAAUCCUUUGCGGUGAUGACAAUAGCCCUUCUUGAAUCCUGUCAAACCUGUGGGCCUCCAACGUGGUGUUAAGAGACAUUAUGCCCUUGAAGGAAUCGACUGUUGACUGCAACCAGCAAAUUCUGUAGAAAUGGGGGAACCACUAUGCACCGCGUCUGAGGGCUCCUUUAAUAAUUACUACAACAGGCAGUUAAUAAGUUUCCAUUAUAACCACACUGGGAAACUUGCAGACCCGAAAUAUAAGUCACAAGGCCUGAGUGUCACCUCUGUUGUCUUCAUCAUUUUGUGUUCUUUCAUCAUCCUUGAAAACCUUUUGGUGUUGGUGGCCAUCUGCAGAUAUAAGAAGUUCCACUCAGCCAUGUUUUAUUUCAUUGGAAACUUGGCACUUUCGGACCUGUUUGCGGGCAUUGCUUACAUCUUCAACAUUGUGUUUUCGGGAAGCCAGACCAUGAAGCUGACACCACUGCAGUGGUUUAUCCGUGAGGGCACCAUGUUUGUUGCAUUGGCUGCAUCAGUCCUCAGUCUGUUGGCCAUUGCUAUUGAAAGGCAUGCAGCCAUUGUGAAAGUCAAACUCUACAGCGGUGACAAGAAUACUCGGAUGUGCUUACUGAUUGGAAGCUGUUGGAUUGCCUCUGUGCUGCUGGGUGGGCUGCCGGUAAUGGGGUGGAACUGCCUCUGCCAUGUAAAUGGUUGUUCCACCGUGCUGCCUCUGUUCUCCAAGAAUUACAUUUUGUUCUGUAUCACCCUGCUCAGCAUCAUCCUUCUGUCCAUUGUCAUCCUUUAUGUGCGGAUUUAUCUGAUUGUACGAUCUAGUCACUGUGAAACUGCGGCUCCACAGACCCUGGCGUUGCUAAAGACAGUCACGAUUGUGCUCGGUGUGUUUAUUAUUUGCUGGGCACCCACCUUCAUCAUGUUACUGCUGGACUUUGCCUACACAGAAAGCAAUUUGAAGAUCCUGCACAAAGCAGAAAUCUUCCUGGCCCUAUCUACACUCAACUCUGCUAUGAACCCCAUCAUUUACACUCUGAGGAGCAGGGACAUGCGCAGAGCAUUUCUCCGCAUCCUGUGUUGCUGUUCCAUGAUGGAGAAUAAGGCCAGGUUUGACAGCUGCUUCCCUAGUCUUCGCCACACCAGUACAUUGGACCGGUCUUACCAUAAACACAAGAUGGCAGACUCACCAACGAUGCCAGAAUGCACAACAUUUGUGUGAAUGUCUAUGCUGCAAAAGGGUCUGAUGGUGCUGAGUAACUUACCAUGCACCAUCGACACGUGCACUCCACACACUUACCUGCCACAGAGACAAACACGUGCAUGAUUAGUCCCUGAGCCUACAAUAUCCGCUGUCACAAGAGGACCUCAGGUCAACAAAUGAUGAGCAAGUUGGAUGUGAGACUCAAUCUAACCCCUUUCACUGUAUGAUCCAAUGGCAACCAGUCAACUGACCCAUAGGAUUUAUUUUACUCUCCACAAUAACAAUUUAGCAGCAGCCAAUCAGAGAUGAAUACACCUGACAAAGUAACCAACGGUUGAGCUGCACGACAGAGUUUGCAGAGUCUCGUGGACAGAAACUGUGAGCCAAGCUGCUGGAAAUCACAACUAAAGACAAUGCUGAAUAACAGAGCUUACAGGACACAGUCUGCCCUUAAUCCAUUCUCAGAAAGGAUCACGUUUCCAUUCUAUUUGCAAUUGCAAAUGGUGGCUGGAGGGAGAGAAAAAAAAUAUUUUUGAGGCAUGCAGGCACACACAACAAUUUUAAUGGAGCAUCAUCACAAACUCUUCUUUCUUGUUCUGAUGCUACAUUAGUGUUAGACCUGACCUCCAGGGAAUGCCACUUCCAUAUAUAAUGUUGUUCCCAGUGGUGGCAGCAGGUUUCCCUGCCUGGGGCUUUGCCCUGUGACCAGCAGCAGUGUCCUACCAAUCAACAUUGCCUUGUGCUCCCUGUAUAGUAGCACAGCUGCUGCCCAGCAGCAAUGUCCCCCACCUAGGGCCUGCUCUGCCUAGUCCUGUGCCCCCUGCAUAGUACCCACUGGUAAUGGUAAUGCAGCAACAUUACAGUGGGAAAGUGAAAUUGUUCCCCUCACGUUAACACAGCAGAGGAAGGAGAGCAGCAGGAUUUCUAUGAGCCAGGUUUUGGUUUCAGUUAUAUUAGGAGCAUAAGCUGGACCCUUUAGGGGCUAUCUAUCACCUUGAUGAUAACUUGACACCUUGACACUGACAUUUUGUAACUCAGCAAACUAUUACUUACAUGAUGAGUGUAGCUAAAAGAUGCAAGUCUGCUGGCCAAUUCCAGCUUAAAUGUUUAAAAUUCUAUUUGUUAUAUUUUAAACUGGCUCACACAUCAUUUAGAAUUAGGUUUGUUUCUAUAAAUUCUGUAAUUUGGGCAUUGACUGCUGCCUUUACUUUGAUCUCUGUCACUGAUAUGUGUCACGCUGUGAGAAACUGUUUAAUAUCAAAACAUAUUGUGAUUAGUUUCCACGGGAUAUUUCCGCUGUUUGAAAUUUCCAUGUAGUCAGCACCUCCCAACCAACAUGCAGAGGGAGUUGUGGAACUUUGCAUGUGAGUCACAGAGCCUCAGGCCCAGUCUCAGACUGAUGCAGCAGCUCUGGCCUUGCGCAGUUCAAAUUUGACACCUGGCUCUGGAGACCAGCUUCAGUGACUUGGACAAUGACUGUUGAUUGUGUAAGUUUCCAUAAAUGUGCAGGAGUUCUCUUUCUUGUGAAAAUAACUCCAAUAUAAAAGUUUAAUGGAGCUAUGUUGCCUACAUUUCACAAAGUGAUGGAGGCAGUAACCAAUCAGUGUUUGAAAAAGCCAAGUUAUGAUACUAACAGCAAAAAGGAGCUGGGCAGAAUCCUGGACGGCAGUGCAAACGGCAUCUGGUUUAUUCUCCAUCAUGAUAUCAUUGUGGAGAACGUACAGAACGUGACCCAGAUGUAGAGACACUCAGUGUCUUGAAGCUGCCAGCAGGUCAGGCUGCUCCUUUAAAUGAAGGUCAAAUUAAUUUGGUUGUUUAGUUUAAAUGUUUAAGUGGCAACACUACAGCAGAAUCCAGCAAUGGAUUGGCAUUGUUAAAUGUCUAAAUGUCAAUGUACAGAACUCAAAAUAUAGAAUGUUAAACGGUACGAGAAAUGAUUAAUGGCUGCUCACUGAGAAUUAACCAACAGAAAAUAAACCUUUUCUAAACAAAAA